AUGGCUUUAGAGGGACAACCGGAUGUGGACUACCUGACCGAGCAAGGUACGGGAUGGAGGUGUGAUCCCUGCAACAAGACGAGAAGAAAGAGCAUGAGGUUAGAGUACGCAGCAGAGGGUUUGACCUUGGAGACCAUCAUGAACACCCUGAAAGAGAUGCGUGAAGAGCAGAAAACCAACACGGCCGAUUUCAAUAGAUCUUAUGAAAUGUUAUACAGCAAGGUGGAAGAAAAUACUGUAACGUUACGAGAUGCCAUGGGGAAAAUUGAAGACUACCUAAGAGAAAUUGAACAGCUUAAAAGCGAAAAUGGAAUACCGGAAGAAAAAGAAGAACAAGUUUCAGAGCUUGUUAAGAAGGUAGGAAAAGCCCUGGACGUAAACAUCACCGACAGCAUGAUUGACGCCUGUCAUCGUAUCGGCAAGAAAACCUCGGAGAGAAACCAGGCUAGAGGGAUUGUUGUAAAAUUCGUGCGACGGACUGAUAAGGAGGAACUGAUGAAGAAGAGGCGAGAAAAGAAAAGGGACUUUUCCACGCGACACCUAGGCCUGACCAUGGACAUCCCUGUCUACCUGAAUGAAUCCCUGUCACCAGCGCGGAGGAGGCUGCUCGCCCAGGCACGGCAGCUGAGGAAGGAACGGGGAUACAAGUACAUCUGGCUGCGGAACGGCAACAUCUUGCUGAGGAAGGAAGAAAAAGCACCAGUAGUAGAGAUAAGAACCCAGGCUGACCUCAAUGGGUUGUAG